GCAACACUCCAGUGCGUGGCAUGACUCCAAUGUGAGUCCCUUUGACGUGCCAUGUCAGCAAAAGGCCAGAGCGCCGCUGUCCGCUGGCUGGACAGCGUGGCCAGCGGCGCGCGGCUGCGAACUUUGCGGCGAGAGCUGCGGCGGCAGCUGGCGGCCAAAGGCUUCGCCAAACUUCCGGAGCUGCUGCCGGAGCACGUGGCAGAGGCCGUGCGCCAGGCGCUGAAAGUUUUGGAUUGGGAGCAAGCGGGAGAAGGCGCCCGUGACGACGCAGGCUACGAGGAUCAAGUGCAACAUCAUUUUUCCAUAGCAGAUGUGGAGGGCGAUGUGGUGCUCCUCGGGGCGGCUCGCUUCCUUGCCAGGUUGCUUCCUGGCACUCUGCCCAACUUCUCAGCCGCCUGCUACCGUGGCCGCGACCAUAUAGCCCCCCAUACAGAUUUGGUGCCAGAGACCUACUCCAUGGAAGAAGUGAAGCAGGAGUGGCCUGGGAACGAGCCACAGCUACAUUCGUGUGUUUGCCAACUCUCCUGCCAGCUGCGUCGAGCAUACGGCCGCGGGGACCUGGCGUCGGCAGCUCAAGGCUGGAGACGCUGGCGGGAGUCCCGGGCCGAGACCGAGAAUCUCCAGGAUGCCCUGCAGUCCGAUGAUCUUGCGGCAGUUCGCCGCGCUGUGGAGCAGGGCGCCCGUGCUCCGAGCGUGCCAUUUCGGCGGUGGGUGGCUGCCGCCUACUACCUCAACAAGGAUCGGUCGCGGCUUCUGCCUGGGGCUUUCUUCACCUCGCCUUUGCUGGAACACUGCAUGCUGGAAACAAGACGAGCAAAACACAGCCAGGACUGGAAGCCAUCCUUCGGGGGCCAGUUUGUGGAUUUGGAGAGCGAGGAAGGCGCAGCAAAGCACUCGCCGGACUUCAAUACGCUGGUGGCCUUUGAGGUUCCUCGUCUCCACGAAGUGAGCGCGGUCCGCAAGGGCCAUGCGCGGUACUCGCUCUUUGGGUGGUGGCUGGUGGAGGAUGCGCCGCAUGCGCCGCAUGCGCAGAGCCUGAAGCGGCCGGCGGCGAAGGCAGAGGCCAAGACCAAGAGGCGGAAGACGGCGAAGUGAAGAACCCGGAUGCUUCAGAUGGAGCCUCCUUGGCCUGAGGCGGAGACUGGCCGUGAAAGCUCCAAACCCAGCCAGGCCGUUUCUGCCAAGUCACAGGGCCAGGUGACAGAAU